ACACCAACAACACCGUCCCCAGUGAGAGUGAUGUUCUGGCAAAGGGCAGUCCUUUCUUGAAUGGUGAUGAAAUCCGGCUGAAUGAUACCGUGAGGGUGCAGAAUCUCACAUAUGAGCGGAUAUCAGAUAAUUCCUUCGCUUUGAGCCUGGCCUACAAGAUCAAUGACGUGACCUUUCCAGAGAAUGUUACACUCAGGACGGAGACGCAAGCGCGCAUUCAGGACUCGGUCAACAAGCUGAUGAACGGAUUGCUGAUCCAACCUAAUGCAAGUCCUUUCACCUUCCCACAAGCAAAUUUCACCCACCUGCCCAAUGAGAUUGGUGCGAAUGAGGAGUAUGUCUAUCAGGAAGGUGACAUCAACCAACCAAGCAACUUCCUGGCUGCGAUACUGGCAGUUAGUGGUCCUACAACCACUACAGCUUCCCCUGUGAUUGCCACAACGAAUUCUCCAGCAGUGACCACCACAGCAGCUCCACGUACAGUUGUGGGUCCAGUGUUUAUCUUUGUCCGACUUGUGUUCCACACCAACAACACCGUCCCCAGUGAGAGUGAUGUUCUGGCAAAGGGCAGUCCUUUCCUGAAUGUUGAUGAAAUCCGGCUGAAUGAUACCGUGAGGGUGCAGAAUCUCACAUAUGAGCGGAUAUCAGAUAAUUCCUUCGCUUUGAGCCUGGCCUACAAGAUCAAUGACGUGACCUUUCCAGAGAAUGUUACACUCAGGACGGAGACGCAAGCGCGCAUUCAGGACUCGGUCAACAAGCUGAUGAACGGAUUGCUGAUCCAACCUAAUGCAAGUCCUUUCACCUUCCCACAAGCAAAUUUCACCCACCUGCCCAAUGAGAUUGGUGCGAAUGAGGAGUAUGUCUAUCAGGAAGGUGACAUCAACCAACCAAGCAACUUCCUGGCUGCGAUACUGGCAGUUAGUGGUCCUACAACCACUACAGCUUCCCCUGUGAUUGCCACAACGAAUUCUCCAGCAGUGACCACCACAGCAGCUCCACGUACAGUUGUGGGGUUAUCAGAUAAUUCCUUCGCUUUGAGCCUGGCCUACAAGAUCAAUGACGUGACCUUUCCAGAGAAUGUUAAUCUCAGGACGGAGACGCAAGCGCGCAUUCAGGACUCGGUCAACAAGCUGCUGUAA